UUCAAUGCAUACUGGAUGAUGUUGGAGUCAUCAUUUCCAUCAGAGAGGGGGAAGGUAAGCAGUGCUUUGGAACAAGCCUCAAGUUACGGAUUGACUCUGGCUAGAACAUGGGCUUUCAGUGACGGUGGUCCAUGGCCACUACAGUUAUCUCCAGGUUCUUAUAAUGAGAGUAUGUUCAAGGCGUUAGACUUUGUGAUUUCCGAGGCCAGGAGGAAUAAGAUCUAUCUUAUUUUAAGCUUGGUGAACAACUACGAGAGUUUUGGAGGAAGAAAACAGUACGUUCAAUGGGGAAGAGAAAGGGGCCAGAAUGUGAGCUCAGAUGAUGGGUUCUAUACAAAUGAUGUUAUUAAGGGUUACUACAAGAACCAUGUCAAGACGGUGCUGACGAGGAUCAACACGGUUACUGGUCUAGCAUACAAGGAUGACCCAACCAUCUUUGCUUGGGAGCUCAUCAACGAACCACGUUGCGAGAGUGACCUCUCUGGUAGAACCUUCCAGGCUUGGAUCGAAGAAAUGGCCGCUUAUGUGAAAUCCAUAGACAAUAAACACUUGCUAGAGAUUGGGAUGGAAGGGUUCUACGGCGAUUCGAUGCAAGGAAGGCGGCAAUUCAAUCCCAAUGGUUACGUGUUUGGAACUGAUUUCAUCUCCCACAAUCAAGUCCAAGGAAUCGAUUUCGCCACGAUUCAUGCAUAUCCAGAUUUAUGGUUAGCGAACUGGAGCUCGGGAGACCAACUUAGAUUUCUACAGAACUGGACUCAAAUCCAUGUCUCAGACUCAUCCACCAUUCUAAAGAAGCCCCUUCUCUUCACGGAGUUUGGCAAGUCUUUGAAGCCUCCAGGGUCUACCGUGAAUCAGAGGGACGCUUUCUACGGGCAAGUCUACGGCUCUGCUUUUGUCUCGGCCGAGGAUGAAGGCCCGCUUGGAGGUGGGCUCUUCUGGCAGCUCCUGGCACAGGGGAUGGACGGCCUAAGAGACAGCUAUGAGAUCGUACCCACGGAGCAACGCUCCACCGCGAGCAUUAUUUCCCAAAUCUCCCGCAGGAUAUCGGGACUCAAUAACCGCCGGAGACAUGGAUAGAUUGGAAUUUGGAAACCCAAGAAGGGUUGGGCAAAAUAGCACAAAUAAGAAAAAAAUGUGCUUGUUCUUAUUGGUUCAAUCUUGAAUAAAUGAAGCAUGACGAAAGCGCUCGUUAUAGUCCCCCU